AUGGAGAAGGAUAGCUCCACGGCUGUAUCACAGCCAGACAUCACAUCACCACCCAAGGCAAAGCAGACGGAACACGCCGAAGAUGUGACCGGCAUCGAGGCGCAAGAGGACCUCAAGAAGGUCGUGAGCGACGAAGCCGACCUGACGCCCCGGGAGCAGUACCAGAAGCUGUGGGCCAACCUGAAAAAGGACCGGCACUAUGUCUACUGGUCACUGUUUGUCAUGUCUCUCGUCUUCGGCUGGGGAUAUGAUGCCGGUCUCUCGGGAGCCGCCAUCGCCUUUCCCCAGUUCCGUGAGGACUACGGCAACUACUACUCUAACGGCGACCAAUAUGUCAUCCCCGCCAUGUGGCAGUCGCUCUGGAACGCUGCCAGCACCAUCGGCCAGGUCUUUGGAGCCUUCCUCACCGGCCAGUUCGCCGACUACACCGGCCGCAGGUUCAUGUUCUGCUCCGCCAUUCUACUGUCCUGGGCUUCCUCGUUUGCCCUGGUCUUUGCGCCGAACCUGCCCGUCCUCUUUGUCUCGAAGCUGCUGCUCGGCUUCUCCGUCGGCAUCUCGACCGUCACACCGCCCCUCUACGUCACCGAGAACGCGCCCGCCGCGCUGCGCAGCACCCUCAGCUCGCUGACCAACGUCAUCAUCGUGCUGGGCUUCUUCCUCUCGUCGCUGACGGGCUUCGGCUCCUCCCACAUCAACGGCGCGUGGAGCUACAAGCUCGCCUUUACCAUGACGUUCCUCGUCCCAACCCUGUUCGCUUUUGGCCUGCCCUUCCUGCCCGAGUCGCCGGUGUGGUACGUCAAGCGCGGAAGGGAAGAAGAUGCCCGCAAGGCGAUAUACAAGCUCUAUGGAAAGAACGUGGACAUGGAGGAGAGACUCGCCUUUAUUCGAUCCGAGCUUGAGGCCGAGGCUGGCGCCGAGGCUAUGGCCAAGCAGACGACGUGGAAGGCCAUCUUCUCCAAGGAGCACCGCGCUCGAACUCUCGUUGCCGUCCUUGGUCUGCAGUCGCAGAACUUUUCUGGCGGAUACUUUGCAAACACAUACCAGACAUACUACUUCCAGCUCAUCGGCCAGACCAACUCCUUCGGACUGACCGCCAUUUCCUCGACACUCCAAUUCUGCUCCAACCUCUUCGCCGUCUGUCUUUCAGACGUCCUCCCCCGACGACGCUCCCUCAUUGGUGGCGGCACUCUCCUUUGUGGCUGGUCCAUCAUCAUUGCGGGCACCUCCAUGGCCGGCACGCAAAAUCACGCCGCCAACACGGCCCUGCUCGUCUUCAUGCUCACCUGGUCCAUGCUCUACACCGCCACCGUGGGCUGCUUCGGCUGGGCUGUCGCACAAGAAACGGCCGCGCAGGCCACGAGACCCAAGACCAUUGCCUUCUGCCUCGUGUGCCAGCAGCUCACCGCGCUGCUGCUGUCGUCCGUCUUCCCCUACUUCAUCAACCCUGACCAGCUCAACUGGGGUGGCAAAGUCAUGUUUCUGUUCGUGGCGUGCGAGGUCGUCAUCCUCACGGGCCUGUUCUUCUUCCAGCCGGAGACGAAGAACCGCACGUACCACGACAUUGACAUGCUGUUUCAAGAGAAGGUUCCGCCGCGAAAGUUUGACAAGUUUGUCGUCCGCGACGGUGUUGUUAUGAAGAAGAAGCAUGCCACCUAG